UUUAGUUCAAGUUUUAAAAGAGGAUCAGAGGCUGGAAAGUAAAAAGAACUGAAGGUUAAAUCCCCCGGCCUAUCCCUGCUCCCCCAGACUCCAAGAAAUCCCAGGUCAGAGGGCAUAUACAGCCUCUGGAGCUCUUGUCUGGUGGAACCAUGGACUGGCGGCAGCUGUGGCUGGGCUUCCUACUCCUCAUGACAGUGUCAGGCCGGACCCUGAGGCCUGCAGAGAAGGAGGCAGCCUUGGAGUACCUGUUGCAAUAUGGGUACCUACAGAAGCCUCUAGAAGGACCUGAUGACUUCAGGCCAGAAGAUAUCACUGAAGCUCUGAGAGUUUUUCAGGAAGCAUCUGAGCUGCCAGUCUCAGGUCAGCUGGAUGAUGCUACAAGGGCCCACAUGAGGAAGCCUCGUUGUGGCCUAGAGGAUCCCUUCAACCAAAAGACCCUUAAAUACCUGCUGCUAGGCCGCUGGAGAAAGAAGCAACUGACCUUCCGCAUCUUGAACCUGCCCUCUACCCUUCCAUCCCACACAGCCCGAGCAGCCCUGCUUCAGGCCUUCCAAUAUUGGAGCAAUGUGGCCCCCUUGAUAUUCCGGGAGGUGCAAGCUGGCUGGGCUGACAUCCGCCUCUCCUUCCAUGGCCGCAGAAGCCCAUACUGCUCCAAUACUUUUGAUGGGCCUGGGAGGGUCCUGGCCCAUGCUGACAUCCCAGAGCUGGGCAGCGUGCACUUUGACGAAGAUGAGCUCUGGACGGAGGGGACCUACAGGGGGGUGAAUCUGCGCAUCAUUGCAGCCCAUGAACUGGGCCAUGCCCUGGGGCUUGGGCACUCCCGAUAUACCCAGGCACUCAUGGCCCCUGUCUACGCUGGCUACCGGCCCUACUUCAAGCUGCACCGUGAUGAUGUGUCAGGGAUCCAGGCUCUCUAUGGCAAGAAGAUCCCAGAUAUAAGUGAUGAGGAAGAAGAGUCGCAACUACCCACUGUACUUCCAGUGCCCACAGAAGCAAGUCCCAUGCCUGACCCCUGCAGUGGUGAACUGGACGCCAUGAUGCUGGGGCCCCGUGGGAAGACCUAUGCUUUCAAGGGGGACUAUGUGUGGACUGUGACAGAUUCAGGACUGGGCCCCUUAUUCCGAGUGUCUGCCCUUUGGGAGGGGCUCCCGGGAAACCUGGACGCUGCUGUCUACUCUCCUCGAACACAAUGGAUUCACUUCUUUAAGGGAGACAAGAUUUGGCGCUUCAUUAAUUUCAAGAUGUCUCCUGGCUUCCCCAAGAAGCUGAACAGGGUAGAUCCUAACCUGGAUGCAGCUCUCUAUUGGCCUCUCAACCAAAAGGUGUUUCUCUUUAAGGGCUCCGGGUACUGGCAGUGGGACGAGCUAACCCAAACUGAUUUCAGUCACUACCCCAAACCAAUCAAGGGGUUGUUUACGGGAGUGCCAGACCAACCCUCAGCUGCUAUGAGUUGGCAGGAUGGCCGAGUCUACUUCUUCAAGGGCAAAGAAUACUGGGCCCUCAACCGGCAGCUUCGAGUAGAGAAAGGCUAUCCCAGAAAUGUUGCCCGCAACUGGAUGCACUGCCAUCCCUGGACUCUAGAUGUGACCCUGUCAAGUGGGGACAGCACUUCCUUGGCUACAGGCACAACACUGGACACCACUCCCUCAGCCACAGAUAUACCACCUUGAACACUGACCACUCACAAUUGCAACCUCAGCCAUAGGCUCCACUGCCCUUCUGUUCCCUGCUAAUGUCAACCUUCCCAGAGCCUAAGACCAGGAAUCAAAUGUCUGCUCACUAGAACCAUGCAGGUGCCACAAGGGGCAUGACCUUUGGCCUCCAACAGUUCCAAGUAGCUACCAUUCUACUGUAGUCUUUCCCUCCUGGAAAGUGACACUUAACCUGGAUUCAGCCCCAACUCCAUCCAUUGCUUCUGUGUCCUAGAUAAAACUUCCAAUUAUGUCAUCUACUCUCUUGAGGACAAUGGAGGGGGUUGUUAAUCGGGCCCUUAACUGACAAGAGGCAACAUCUGAGGUGGCUGGAUGCCUGCGUCCUGUUCUUCCUAAAGAGCAAGAAAACAGCAUGGCCAGUAAAAUAAGCAAGGGUUUUGGAAUCCUUGAGAAUCACAUUUACUUGCAUAUGACUUUGGGCAAGCUAAUUAACCCUGGAUUCCUCAUUUGCAAAAAAGGUUAAUACCAGUCCCGCAGGGUUGUUGCAUUAAACGAAAUACUACAUGUGAAGUACCUGGCCCAUUUGUGUUUAAUAAAGGCUUACUCCAGGGCAGCGCCUGUGGCUCAGUGGGUAGGGUGCCGGCCCCCUGUACCGAGGGUGGCAGGUUCAAACCUGGCCCUGGUCAAACCAAACAAAGAAUAGCCGGGAGUUGUGGCAGGCGACUGUAGUCACAGCUACUCGGGAGGCUGAGGCAAGAGAAUCUCCUAAGCCCAGGAGUUGAAGGUUACUGUGAGCUGUGAUGCCACGUCAUUCUACAUAGGGUAACAAAGUGAGACUCUGUCUCUAAAAAAAAAAAAAAAGGAAAAGAAAGGCUUACUCCAUUUCCAUAAGAGAGGACUGAACAGCUCUUCCUCUAGCUGUGUGGAUGUGUAACUCCUACGGUAGUCUAUCUGAUAAGGCUAACUUUGUCAAAUCUU